ACGAUCUUCUUAAAAUCGUUUGGACUUAUCAGGACAAUCAGAAGCUAGAAGCGGAGAGUAGACUCCGAGGUGUGGUUUUGCAGAGAAGUGAUGGCCUCGGAUAAUUAUUUGUUGGUUGCUGCCAUAGACUUCGGGACGACCUACUCGGGAUAUGCAUUUUCCACCAAACAUGAUUUUCGAACCGAUCCAACACAAAUGUCGUUAGUACAAUGGGUCGCAGGAUCUGCGGGUAUGGUUUCCCAAAAGGCUUCCACAUGCGUCCUUUUCAAACCUGACCGUACCUUCCAUUCGUUUGGAUACGAAGCCGAGGACAAAUACCUCAACCUCACUUUAGACAAGGAUCAUGAAGAUUGGUACCUUUUUCGGCGUUUCAAAAUGAAUCUUUACAAUACUAAACUGGACAGAGAGGUCCAAUUAACCGAUUAUAGUGGAGAGAAGAAAAUGCCUUUGAUAGAUGUCAUAUCGGCCACAAUAGCCUAUUUGAAGUCAAAGCUGAUGAAACAAUGCCGGGAACAGGGCACUGGAGUCAACGAUUCUGAGGUCAGAUGGGUCCUUACUGUCCCGACGAUCUGGACUGAUCCAGCAAAACAGCUGAUGCGGGAAGCGGCAGAAAAGGCGGGGCUAGAUAAACGGCAACUGAUAUUGUGCCUGGAGCCGGAAGCUGCCUCUGUUUUCUGUAAACACAUUCCAGUAGGAAAAAGGGUGUUUGGAGAUCGUGUAGAGUUCCAGGCUGGAUCUAAGUACAUGGUUAUUGAUGCUGGAGGUGGUACCAUUGAUAUCACGGUCCACAAGGUGCAGAAGGACGGACAUUUGAGGGAGAUACUAGUAGCUAGUGGCGGGGACUGGGGAGGGACCAAAGUAGAUGAAGCUUUUGAAUCUUACCUAGAGGACAUCAUAGGUAAGCAGGCCUUCGGUCAAUUUAAGUCCGAUCACUUAUACGAUUUAUUGGAUCUCAUGAGAAGAUUCGAGGUGAAAAAGAGAUUAAACAAGGUAAAGCAUUCAGACAAGGUUACUGUCAGUAUUCCAUCCAGCCUCCUCUCAACUUACAACAAAUUGAAUCCAGGGCAAAACAUCAAAGAAAACAUCGCAAAAAACGAAAGAUUCUCCUCUCAUGUUGAAUUUUUUGGUGACAAACUUAGAUUGUCUGGAACAAAAACUGCUUCAUUGUUUGACGAAUCGAUUGAACAAAUAGUUUACCAUGUUAGUAAACUGCUCCGUGAUCCUAAGGUUAGAGGAAUAUCGGCAAUCUUAAUGGUCGGAGGAUAUUCCGAAUGUCCGUUGCUCCUCGACGCGAUUCGGCACAUCGCUGGUGGUGUCCAGCUCAUUGUCCCUAACGAAGCCGGUUUGGCCGUACUGAAAGGAGCUGUAGUCAUCGGACACAGUCCCUCUACAAUAUCGGAGCGGAUAUGUAAGUUUACGUACGGAGUAGAGACUCAUUUACCCUUUAAAAAGCGUAAACACAAAAAUGAGUAUCGUGUGAUAGACGAGAGCGGCAAAAAACUAUGUAGCUUUGCUUUUGAUCGUUUUGUGAAGAAAGGAAAUGCAGUGAAAUUCCAUGAACACGCACAAGCAAGAAGGUACGUACCAGUCACGGCAUCACAAACAAGCAUUGUUUUUAGCAUAUAUGCUUCAAACAACGAGAAACCAGUGUAUGUGACGGAUGCAAAUUGUCAGAAAAUUGGGGAAAUUAAAGUUGAUAUGCCAGACACGACCAGAGGACUGAAGAGGGUUGUAUGCGUUUCAAUGUGUUUUGGGGGGUCCGAGAUAGACAUCAAGGCUGUGGAUGAGGACACUGGACAGGUCGUUCGUGCUUCCUGUGACUUUCUUGGUUAGACAUGAUAACUGUUUAAAAUUAGACCAGAUACGUCAACACUCCUUGGAAUUCACUUUAAACUUUGACGAAACACAAUUAUCUGGGAUGCCAGGGGGAUAAAGGACUGUAUUUUGGGUGUUGCCCAAGUUUUAAAAAAAAGAAACUUUAAUUAGUCACAAUUCUGUUGGCCUUGGGAAUCGGCAUGCAUAUUUUAUCCUUUUGUCAUAUUAUAUAUCCGAAAUAACUGUCUAUCCCCAAUUAAACUGUUUUGAGGGGAUAGUUGUUUUUGGACUAUUUUGUUUACAAUAGGGAUGUACAUAUAGGGUAUAUGUCACUGAUUAUCACUGAUUAUAACUAGAACAUGUUUUUAUUAUAAACUCUCAUCGAAUGAAAACGAAUUCAGGACAUACAUGAACAGUUGACACUUAUGUUAUUGACCGUUGCAUAAAUCCGUGGCUCAUGGUAAACCAUGUCCUCUAGGUGAAGCGUAAAAAAGAUGCUUAGAGUUUGGGGAGGGUGGAGGGGUAUAUAUUAUUUUUUUCUCACUACAUUUAUUCAGAUUUUUUUUGUAUGAAUUAACUUGACCUCACGUAUUCAAGAUGAACUUUUUACAAUAAUUAGCCUUCGGUUACAAGCUUACCUAGGGGAAAUGCAACUACAACAGCAUAUUUCUUGUAAGAAUCAGAUGUUUUUUGUUUAUAUAUUUUUUAUUGAUUGUAUUAUUGUUUCAUGUUGACUGUGUAUUGCUGUUUUAUGUUGUGAUAUGUACAUUGUUAUGCUCCUGUAUUGAUAAAGGGGCAGAUCGCCCUGAAAAGUUGACACAUUUCUUUGUCUGCACUGUCGCUUGUUUGCUCGGAUCCAUUGCCGAUAUUGGAUCAGGUUGUCGUUAUUACUUAUGAGACUUAUACAUAUAGUUGAUAAUUAAUAAACAAGUCCUUGCGAAGGAAACUAUAGAAUAGAAUAAUAAAGUUGUAAGAUCUACCGCUAGGCCUUUCUGUGUUCUGGGGCUUCUUCAUGCGGAUUGACGUGUAUUUGUCACCGUUGGUUACAUGACUUCAUCAAUAUUUGCAUAGUCAACAAUUUUAGUGACGCCAUCAAUAAACAAUCAUAGUGACGUCACAAACAAUACCAGGACAAAGAAAACAUCUACAUGUAUACAAUACAAUGUAAAAAUCUUUGUGCAUUCAAGCUGGGUUUGAGGGCUUCUAUAAAACUCGCCACAAAUUUUUCAUUUUCGCUCGCCAGAGGCUCGCUAAAUUGAAAAACUUUUAGACUCGUUUUAUAAAUCUCAUAUGAAAUGAAAACUCAUGUUAGAUCCUAUAUUAUAUCAGCCGAUAAUAAAAGCUGCAUUUGCAGCAUUCUAUGGGCUCAUAAAAUGAGACCCAUGGGUGGCGUAUCUGUUGGUCCCCAUCUAAGACCAAAAUUAUCAUUAACAUCUUUCAUAAAUGAAAACUUGAA